AUGUCAGGAAACAUCUCUUUACCAAUACUGGGCGAUCAGUAUUACGAGAAGGCCACCCGACAGUACUUCGAGUCGCAUGGCGUGAAGCUGCCUCGUCGGGUGCUACUCCAUUUGCACAGCAUAACGGUGCCAGAGACCGGCAAGACGCCGCGGAUUCACGUGACCUGUCCGUUUCCGCCCAACAUGGUCCAGCUCAUCCGUGAUUCGUUUCCGGAGUGGGCUUCGGAGGCUGAGGAGAAGCUGCCGGAGCUGUUUGCAUCCCCACCGGCGAGGCGAAACUUGCCCCAGCCGCCGCAGCAGGCACCGAAACGGACGAAGUCGAACACGCCGCGAAAGCCAGGGCUUUGGAAGCAGCUGAAGACCAAAGUCAUCGGCUGGUUUCACAGCUGGCGGCCAAGGCGGCGCGCCCCAAGCUUUGCGAAGCGAUGGUGA